UAUCGACUGCUUGCUGUACGUGCGACUUGUUUACUGUAACGUAAGUGUAUUUGGUCCUUACUAGCGGCGGCAUCCGGCAUGUGCGCAAGUAGCGCGGCGGCGGAGCGAUCAGCUUGGUGAGCAAAUGGCGGCCCGGUCGUGGCUUCUCCUGCUCGUCCUCGCCGGCGCAGUACUCCAACUCCGUGCUCAGCCCUCUCCUGACAGCACCGGUUUCGUCAGCAUCGACUGCGGCCUGCCGGAGCGGGGCAGCGGCUACGUGGACGCCGCCACCAAGCUGCCGUACGUCCCGGACGGCGCCUUCACCGACGCCGGCGCCAACCACGUCUACCCCGUGCCCGGCUGCGUCGUCCCCGAGGGCGAGUCCGCCGUGCAGGUCUGCCUCGUCGACACCGGCACGGGCACGCCGUUCGUGUCCGGGCUGGACCUCAGGCCGCUCUGGGGCACGCUGUACCCGCAGGCGAACGCCACUCAGGCGCUCGUCCUCGUCGACCGCAGCAACUUCGGCGUCAGCGGCCUCGCGCUCGUCAGGUACCCGGACGACCCCUACGACCGCGUCUGGAUCCCGCGGAGCGACCCGGGGGCGUGGACGGAGAUCUCCACGCCGGAGGCGGUGCAGCGCGUCGUCGGCCCCAGCUUCCACGCGCCUUCCGCCGUGCUGCAGACUGCCGUCGCGCCGCGCAACGGCUCCAGGAUCAUCCAGUUCUCGCUCGACGCCUUGCCCAACCACGUCUACCCCGUGCCCGGCUGCGUCGGGAUCCUCUACUUCGCCGAGGUGCAGGCCGCCGCCGGGAGCGCACCGCGGCAGUUCGACAUCUUCGUCAACGGCGAUCGCUGGGGCAUGGGGCCCUUCACGGCGCCACUGCGCCUCGCCUCCGACGCGACCUACACUAGCGUCCCCUACAUUGGGGUCAACGGCCAGUACAACUUCACCCUCAACGCCACCGCUAACUCCACGCUGCCGCCCAUCAUCAACGCCGCCGAGCUCUUCUCCGUCGUCUCAACGGUCAAUGUCGCCACGGACGCCAACGAUGUUGCUGCCAUGACUGUGAUCAAGGGCAAGUACGAGGUGAAGAAGAACUGGGCAGGUGACCCGUGCGCUCCCAAGAAUCUUGCGUGGGACGGGUUGAGCUGCAGCUACGCCAUUUCUAUGCCUCCGAGAAUCACAAGACUAAAUAUGUCAUCUGGCGGUUUAAGUGGCAGUAUAUCAUCUUCUUUCGCUUCCCUCAAAGCAAUCAAGUACUUGGAUUUGUCUAACAACAAUUUGACCGGAUCAAUCCCCGAUGUUCUUUCACAACUACCCCUUCUCUUGGUGAUAGACUUGACAGGCAACCAGCUUAAUGGAACAAUCCCCUCCGGGCUUCUAAAGAGAAUUCAAGAUGGCUCCCUGACUCUAAGAUACGGCAAGAAUCCAAACCUUUGCAGCAACAGCACCUCUUGCGAGCCCACAAAAAAGAAGAGCAACUCAAUGCUUGCCGUCUACAUUGUUGUUCCAGUAGUGGUGACAGGGGCACUGGCAGUGCUAAUACUACUACUCAUCAUAAGAAAAAAGCAAGGAAAGGGAAGCCUGAACCGGCAGAACGAGGCAGGUGGCGCGCAGUCACGCUCACAGCACGGCGACGGGCACAACCUGCUGCAGGUGGACAACCGCCGGUUCACCUAUAGAGAGCUGGAGGUCAUGACGAGCAACUUCAAGACUGUUCUUGGCCAGGGAGGGUUCGGCUGUGUCUACGACGGGAUCUUGCCGGAUGGCACCCAGGUGGCGGUCAAGCUGUUGGCUGGGUCGUCGAGCCAGGGCGUCAGAGAGUUCCUCACAGAGGCUCAGACCUUGUCAAAGAUACACCACAAAAAUCUGGUGACAUUGGUCGGUUACUGCAAAGAUGGCGAGUGCAUGGCGCUUGUCUAUGAGUAUAUGUCCGAAGGAAACCUGCAAGACAAACUCAGAGGGAAAGGUCGCAACGCCGGAACUUUAACCUGGAAACAAAGGCUUCGGAUCGCACUGGAAUCAGCACGAGGGCUCGAGUAUCUGCACAAGGCGUGCAGCCCGGCCUUUGUGCAUAGGGACGUGAAGACAUCCAACAUCCUGUUGAAUGCGAAUCUCGAGGCCAAGGUCGCCGAUUUUGGCUUGCUCAAGCCUUUCAAACGGGAUGGUGAUACCCAUGUAUCCACGGCCAGAUUAGUUGGAACACACGGCUACCUUGCCCCUGAGUACGCAGCGGCCAUGCAGCUGACCGUGAAGAGUGACGUGUACAGCUUUGGCGUCGUACUACUAGAGCUGAUCACGGGACAACCGCACAUCCUGCAAUGCCCGGAGCCAACCAAUAUCAUCCAUUGGGUGAGGCAGCGCCUUGCACGGGGCAAUAUCGAAGACGUGGUAGAUGCUCGCAUGGCAGGCGACUACGAUGUCAAUGGCGUCUGGAAGGUCGCGGAUGUCGCGCUCAAGUGCACCGCUCAAGCUCCUAAUCAACGGCCCACAAUGACCGAUGUGGUGGUGCAACUGCAAGAGUGUGUCGAGCUAGAAGAUCAGCAUUUCAUUUGAUGAGGACCCGAGUCUUGUUGAGUGGGCGAUAUUGUGUGAAAGUCACUUUGUUGUCUAUCUGGUCAUAAUACGUAUAUAGUUUUUUUCUUA